AUGUCUGUGCAUAGAGUUUCCAGUGUCAGGGGAACCAAUUAUACCCAAAACACCAGACCUUUUUCCACAAAUAAUCCAUUUAGAAAUGCAUCAUUUGAUUCAAAUAUUGGACAUAAUUCUAGAAGCACAGAUCAACAACAACAAAAUUUUAAUCAAUGGGUUGCAAGAAAUCAAAGUCAAAUGAGUUUUAGUAGUGAUGAUGAAGAUUCGGAAUUGUUUAAACAACCUCCUCCAGUGGUAAGACCUGGUUAUUCUAGAUCGAAUUCUCAGAAUUCAGUGGGUUCACAAGGUAGUUUAGGUGUUAUGCCUCCACCGUGA